AUGGCAAUCCAAGGAGGCGCCGGCCAUCCAAUGGCCUGGACAGCACAAGACUUGGACGAAGCCAACCCGCAGGUUGUUGAGGUCAACGAGCAAGACGUUACUGAGUUGGAAGAGGCAUUGGCAAACUUCAAGACGCUUGGUCUCGGCCCGGACGCGGUGACUCGGGCCACCUUCCCGCUGCCUGCACUCCAAGCGCGGCUAGCCGAGGCUUCGCUCGAUGUUCAUCAAGGCCGAGGGUUUGCCAUAGUUCGAGGACUCGACCCCCGCAAGUACGCGGACGAAGACAACGUGACCAUCUUCCUGGCAAUUGCCAGUCAUAUCGGCGAGCAGAGGGGCCUCCAGGACAAGAAGGGAUCCAUGUUGACCCAUGUCACGGACUCUAAGCCUUGGCACUGUGAUAUGGGCGCGGAUAUUCUCGCGCUCCAUGUGCGCUCCCUGGCCGAGACGGGUGGGGAUACCUUUGUGGCAUCGUCCUGGACCAUCUACAAGGAGCUUGCGGCAUCGUACCCCGAAGCUCUUGCGGCACUGUGCGAUCCAAGCUGGCCGAUCCAAGUCUCGGGAAACCCUCCGCGAUAUAUUCUGGCGCCCCUGCUCCACGUUUCCGAGGACAAGAUCAUGGCCAGUCUUGACCCAGGACGUCUGGGCCUCCACCCUGCAACGGCCCGGACGGGCCAAGGAUCCCCUGUCCCGGAUCUCAGUCCACUCCAGCACGAAGCCCUCGAGGUUCUGUCGAUGCUGGCGUCGAAAUAUCGCUACCGGCUGGACAUGAAGCAAGGCGACAUGAUUUUCAUCAACAAUCUCGCUCUCUUGCAUGCCCGCGACUCGUACGUCGACCCCAAGACCGGACCUGGACGACACCUUGUCCGCUUGUGGCUGCGGAAUCCAGAGCACGCGUGGGCCAUUCCCGAAUCCAUGAAAGUACCCUGGGAGGCCGCCUUUGGCCCAGAGGGAAACGGAUUUCCAGAUGUGCAAAAGAAGUAUCCUGUUCACCCAGCGCCGGUGUACAAGCCGCCCACGUACACAGCUGGCUCAGCCGCCUUUAUUAUUGAGGACAGCGAGAACGUCAACAGCGAGUACUCGACCUAA